AUGGGAAAAGAGCUUCCUCACCUAAAAUUUUAUGCUACAAGGUGCACUUUACUCGCAGUACAUGCUCUUGCCUGGUCUUUUCUAUGGCAAUCAGUUCCUGAAUUCAGGCAAACAUCACAGCUUCCUGAUGACGUUGUUGAUCGCAGAUUAAAAGAUGUGAUUAUCACUGGCAGUGUAUUUCUUGCACUUACUGCUGUAAUGACAUUAACAGGAUUAACAUUACACUCAAUUAGCUUUCACUUUUUAUUCAUUGCAUUUCAUGCCCUCGGAACUUUCUUAACUGCAAUAUCAAUUCUCAAUUAUUGGGAUGUACUGCUUCUAUGGAUACCGUGUUCUAUUACAUGCAUUUUCCCUUUUGUUAUUGAAUUGAUUUAUGCAAUUCUAACAUGCGCUGGCCUUAAUCAGCACUUCUAA